CAAUCCCUGAGUGUCUCGGGAAGGAGGCAUCCGGAGCCGCGGACCUAGAGAUCCCAGAAGCCACCGCGCGGCGGCCCGGCCCGCAACUAUUUCCAGAUUUGGCGGGGGCAGGGGUGGGCCCAGACUCCACUUCCCGGCGGGUAGUGCGACCCUAGGGGCGGGACUUCAUGUCCCAGCAGGCUCCGGGCGGCGUGGGCCGCGGUGCCUUGUGUGGGAUGUAAGCGCGGAGGUGGGCGAGGGGUACCGAGGCGAGGACUCUCCUUGGGGUUUGGGGGCUUGGCCUGGGUGCGCUUUCUGGGCGGACUCUAGGGCCCCGGGGGCACAGUCGUAGAGGGGGCGUGGCGGCCAUUGGGGCUCCUCAUUGGGGUCCUUGAGGCGCACCCCAUCGGGUACCGGGCGUCCCGGAAUUGUGGGGGACAAAAAGGCUCUGCAGUCUCGGCUGAGGGGUCUCACCGACAAAAGAGGGGAAGCCGGCCGCCGCCCGCCGCCCGCCGCCAUGGGGCUGAAGGCCGCCCAGAAGACGCUGUUCCCGCUGCGCUCCAUCGACGACGUGGUGCGCCUGUUUGCUGCCGAGCUGGGCCGAGAGGAGCCGGACCUGGUGCUCCUUUCCUUGGUGCUGGGCUUCGUGGAGCAUUUUCUGGCUGUCAACCGCGUCAUCCCCACCAACGUUCCCGAGCUCACCUUCCAGCCCAGCCCCGCCCCCGACCCGCCUGGUGGCCUCACCUACUUUCCCGUGGCCGACCUGUCUAUCAUCGCGGCCCUCUAUGCCCGCUUCACCGCCCAGAUCCGAGGCGCUGUCGACCUGUCCCUCUAUCCUCGAGAAGGGGGUGUCUCCAGCCGUGAGCUGGUGAAGAAGGUCUCCGAUGUCAUAUGGAACAGCCUCAGCCGCUCCUACUUCAAGGAUCGAGCCCACAUCCAGUCCCUCUUCAGCUUCAUCACAGGUUGGAGCCCAGUAGGCACCAAAUUGGACAGCUCCGGUGUGGCCUUUGCUGUGGUUGGGGCCUGCCAGGCCCUGGGUCUCCGGGAUGUCCACCUCGCCCUGUCUGAGGAUCAUGCCUGGGUAGUGUUUGGGCCCAAUGGGGAGCAGACAGCUGAGGUCACCUGGCAUGGCAAGGGCAACGAGGACCGCAGAGGCCAGACGGUCAACGCUGGUGUGGCUGAGCGGAGCUGGCUGUACCUGAAAGGAUCAUACAUGCGCUGUGACCGCAAGAUGGAGGUGGCAUUCAUGGUGUGUGCCAUCAACCCUUCCAUUGACCUGCACACCGACUCGCUGGAGCUGCUGCAGCUGCAGCAGAAGCUGCUCUGGCUGCUCUAUGACCUGGGACAUCUGGAAAGGUACCCCAUGGCCUUAGGGAACCUGGCAGAUCUGGAGGAGCUGGAGCCCACCCCUGGCCGGCCAGAUCCACUCACCCUCUACCACAAGGGCAUUGCCUCAGCCAAGACCUACUAUCGGGAUGAACACAUCUACCCCUACAUGUACCUGGCUGGCUACCACUGUCGCAACCGCAACGUGCGCGAAGCCCUGCAGGCCUGGGCAGACACAGCCACUGUCAUCCAGGACUACAACUACUGCCGGGAAGACGAGGAGAUCUACAAGGAGUUCUUCGAAGUAGCCAAUGAUGUCAUCCCCAACCUGCUGAAGGAGGCAGCCAGCUUGCUAGAGGCGGGCGAGGAGCGGCCGGGGGAGCAGAGCCAGGGCACCCAGAGCCAAGGUUCUGCCCUCCAGGACCCUGAGUGCUUCGCCCACCUGCUGCGAUUCUACGACGGCAUCUGCAAAUGGGAGGAGGGCAGUCCCACGCCUGUGCUGCACGUGGGCUGGGCCACCUUUCUUGUGCAGUCCCUAGGCCGUUUCGAGGGACAGGUGCGGCAGAAGGUGCGCAUAGUGAGCCGAGAGGCCGAGGCAGCCGAGGCCGAGGAGCCAUGGGGCGAGGAAGCCCGGGAAGGCCGGCGGCGGGGCCCACGGCGGGAGUCCAAGCCAGAGGAGCCUCCGCCACCCAAGAAGCCAGCACUGGACAAGGGCCUGGGUGCCAGCCAGGGUGCAGUGUCAGGACCCCCCCGGAAGCCCCCUGGGACGGUCCCUGGCACAGCCCGAGGCCCUGAAGGUGGCAGCACGGCUCAGGUGCCAGCGCCUGCAGCGUCACCACCGCCAGAGGGUCCAGUGCUCACUUUCCAGAGUGAGAAGAUGAAGGGCAUGAAGGAGCUGCUGGUGGCCACCAAGAUCAACUCGAGCGCCAUCAAGCUGCAACUCACGGCACAGUCGCAAGUGCAGAUGAAAAAGCAGAAAGUGUCCACCCCUAGUGACUACACUCUGUCUUUCCUCAAGCGGCAGCGCAAAGGCCUCUAAACUACUGGGGACUUUGGACCGCUUGUGGGGACCCAGGCCCCGCCUUUAGUCCCCCAACUCUGAGCCCAUGCUCUGCCCCCAGCCCAAAGGGGACAGGCCUUAUCCCUACCCAAACCCAAAGUUCCAGGUCCCGAGCAGAGUCUAUAUCAAACCCACGAUUUUCUCCAGCUCAGAACCCAGGGCUCUGCCCUAGUCGUUAGAGUAUAGGUCUCUUCUCCCAGAAUUCCAGGGUGCCAAUGGAAACCUCACCCUGGGUCCUAAUUAACAAUCUUUAAAGGCCCAGCCCCUAGAAACCCAGGCUCCUCCUCGGAACCGCUCACCUAGAGCCAGACCAACGUUACUCAGGGCUGCUCCCAGCUUGUAGGAGCUGAGGUUUCACCCUUAACCCAAGGAGCACAGGUCCCACCUCCGGCCUGGGAGCCUAGACCACUCAGCCCCUAGGAGUAUAUUUCCACACUUCAGAAUUCCGUAUCUUGCGAAUCCAAGCCCUCUGCGCCAAAAAACUUCAGUUCUGCUCCAGAAUUUGGAAAUCCUAGCUUCCUCUCUUUCCUAUCCCGAGUCUGGGACACAAAACUCCUUCCCCAGCCUAUGAGCAUCCUGAGCCCCGCCCUCUUCCUGACGAAACUGGCCCCGGAUCAGAGCAGGACCUCCCUUCCGACCCUCUGGGAACCUCCCAGAGGUCCAGCCCAUUUCGGAGCAUCCCAGAGGAAAUCUGCAGAGGGUUGGGAGUGGGUGACAGGAGCCUGAUCUUUUCCUGUUUUGUACAUAGAUUUAUUUUUCAGUUCCAAGAAAGAUGAAUACAUUUUGUUAAAAAAAAAA